AUGGCCCUGACGGCCGAAACCGAGUCCCGGCUGUACCGCUCGCUGCGCGUGGCCGCCGGCGCCGCCGCGCACCUCGUGGCGCUGGGAUUCCCCGCCGCCGUGGCCGUGCUGGCGCGGCCCGGAUCCAGUCUCUUUUCCUGGCACCCUCUGCUCAUGGCCCUCGCGGUAAGUGCCGCCCCGUGGCGCAGGGGCAUUUGGCCGGUGCCCAUCCCGCUGCCCUCUGCCCCGCAGUUCUCGUUCCUGAUGACGGAAGCGCUGCUGAUCUUCUCCCCGGAGACCUCGCUGCUGCGCUCCUUCUCCCGCAAAGUCCGAGUGCGGGUGCACUGGGCCCUGCAGCUGCUCGCCCUGCUCUGCGCUCUCCUGGGGCUGGGAAUCAUUACCUACAACAAGCACCUGAACGGCAAGGGCCACUUUGUCACCUGGCACGGGCUGACGGGGCUGCUGGCCGUGCUGUAUGCCGGCGGGCAGUGUGCUGGGGGUGUGCUCCUGCUCUACCCCAAGCUGAUGAAGAACUGGACACUGGCCAAGCUGAAGCUGUACCACGCAACCUCAGGGUUGGUGUGCUACCUGCUGGGCUGUGCCAGCCUGAUGUUGGGCAUGUGCUCCCUCUGGUUCACCACCACGGUGACCGGUGCCUCGUGGUACCUCGCCAUGCUGUGUCCCCUCAUCACCAGCCUGGUUAUCAUGAACCAGGUGAGCAAUGCGUACCUGUACCGCAAACGGAGCCAGCACUGAGGGCUUGGUGCUGACCUGAACUUUCCAGAGCGAGCUGGGUCUCCCCUUGGAGAGAGUUGGCAGCCCCCCUGCUCGCACAGGGUCUCCUUGGAACUUGGUUUCUACCUUCUUGUCUUUCGUUAGUCCUGGACUGUCCAUAGUGUCUUGUCCCUGGGGAGCAGCUGUGAUGUGUGUGACACCUCACCCCUGCCUCGGAGGGGAUGUUCCCCAGCACAGGUAAAGCUGCUGGUCCUGGCAGCUUGGUGCUCAGUGCUGGGAAAUGGAGGGCUCACUCAGGAUUCCUGCUCCUUUUCCCUUCCCACGCAGGGCUGCUUUGGAGUGGGCAGGACAGGAGCCGUCCUGGUGAGGAGGGCAGGCAGUCCCCUCUCUCCCGGGAACCUGCAACAGGCACCACACUGCCUCUUCUGCCACGGGGGCGACUUGUUCAAGAAAGCACAGGGCACGGUUGUGACUUCAGCCCUGGCAGGGCUGGGGCAGGGUGGUGGCACCCGAACAACGGUACAGAGCACGUGUGUCCCCCGUGGCACAGGCACUCCCUGGGAUCAGAGCGGGUAGCUCUGCUCCAAGGCCCUGGGUCUGGGCACUCACUGCCACGCACAAACCGCUCCAAACCCCUCCUCUGUGGGCUGGGCUUGGCCUGGUGGGGUGGGGUCAGUUUACAGAACAAAUUACUGAGCCGGGCUGUGAACCUGCAGUCAGCAAGUCAUAGGGAACAGCGUGAGCACGGGGGGAGGCACAGACCUGGGUGAUGAACCCUUGAGAAGGCAGGAAGAAACCUCCUUGCUGGCACAAGUCUUCCUUCCAGCACGCAUCCUGCUCCCGGCAGGGCUGGAGAGCUGGGAGCGGCUCCCGGGCUGAAAAAUUCCUCUGUACCUAGAGCUUUUAUUCAAUAAAAAUUUCAGGCAGCUAGAGUGCAACAAGCCCUCUUUACUCCUUGGGUGGGAUGACUUUUGGGGUGCAGGCAGACAUCUCCCCCUUCAGAUUUCUCACCUCCUGCUGGGAAGAAACCACCUCCCCAUCUUCCUGAGGAGCCCCCAGGGGCUAUUCUGGGCCAGGU